CUGGCGGCGAGCGUGCCGCGCGCGGGCUAGUGGCAGCAGCGGCAGCGACAGCGGCAGCAGCAGCAGCGGCGCUGCGACUCUCGCAUCCGGCUCCUUAAACGGGAUCGCGGGGCCAAAGGACCCGAGCCGCGCUGUUGGCAAGCGUUCACCGGCUCGCUCCGCAGGUUUUCCCCCCGAGCGUCGGGCGGCGAUGGAGCCCCGGCCCGCGGCGCCCUCGUCUGGCGCACCGAGGCCCGCCCGGGAUGGGGACGCGCCGCUGGCUGCCGCCGCCGCCGGGGUGGACCUGCCCGGCACUGCCGUGCCCUCCGGUCGAGAGGAUGCUCCGGCUGGGAGUCAGGCCGGCGGGGUGCGCGGAGAGGGAGCGGCGGCGGGGGGCGAUGGGCUGGGCAGACCUCUGGGGCCCACCCCCAGCCAGAGCCGCUUCCAGGUGGACCUGGUUUCCGAGAACGCCGGGCGGGCCGCGGCGGCGGCGGCAGCGGCAGCGGCUGCGGCUGCAGCCGGGGCGGCGGACAAGGAGACCCCGGCGGCCGGGAAAGCCGGUGGUGAGAGCGGCACUGCCAAGGGCAGCGAGGAAGCCAAGGGCCGCUUCCGCGUGAACUUCGUGGACCCGGCUGCCUCGUCGUCCGCGGACGAUAGCCUGUCGGAUGCGGCGGGGGUCGGAGGCGACGGGCCCAACGUGAGCUUCCAGAACGGCGGGGACACGGUGCUGAGCGAAGGCAGCAGCUUGCACUCGGGCGGCGGCAGUGGACACCAUCAGCAGUACUACUAUGACACCCACACCAACACCUACUACCUGCGCACCUUCGGCCACAACACCAUGGACGCGGUGCCCAGGAUCGACCACUAUCGGCACACGGCCGCGCAACUGGGCGAGAAGCUGCUCCGGCCCAGCCUGGCAGAGCUCCACGAUGAGCUGGAAAAGGAGCCUUUUGAGGAUGGCUUUGCAAAUGGAGAAGAAAGUACUCCAACCAGGGAUGCUGUGGUUACCUAUACUGCCGAAAGUAAAGGAGUUGUAAAGUUUGGAUGGAUCAAGGGCGUAUUAGUACGUUGUAUGUUGAACAUUUGGGGUGUGAUGCUCUUUAUUAGAUUGUCGUGGAUUGUGGGUCAAGCUGGAAUAGGUCUCUCCGUCCUUGUAAUAGCGAUGGCCACUGUCGUGACGACGAUCACGGGACUGUCUACUUCAGCAAUAGCCACCAAUGGCUUCGUAAGAGGAGGGGGAGCAUAUUACUUGAUCUCUAGAAGUCUGGGGCCCGAGUUCGGCGGCGCCAUUGGCUUGAUCUUUGCCUUUGCCAAUGCAGUGGCGGUUGCUAUGUAUGUGGUUGGGUUUGCAGAAACGGUGGUGGAGCUGCUUAAGGAACAUUCCAUACUUAUGAUAGAUGAAAUCAAUGAUAUCCGAAUUAUUGGAGCCAUUACAGUAGUGAUUCUUCUGGGUAUUUCAGUAGCUGGAAUGGAGUGGGAAGCAAAGGCUCAGAUCGUCCUCCUGGUGAUUCUUCUUCUGGCCAUCGCUGACUUCGUCAUAGGAACGUUCAUCUCACUGGAGAGCAAGAAGCCCAAGGGGUUCUUUGGCUAUAAAUCUGAAAUAUUUAAUGAAAACUUUGGACCGGAUUUUCGAGAGGAAGAGACUUUCUUUUCUGUAUUUGCCAUUUUCUUCCCUGCUGCAACUGGUAUUCUAGCUGGAGCAAACAUCUCAGGUGAUCUUGCAGAUCCUCAGUCAGCCAUACCCAAAGGAACACUCUUAGCCAUUUUAAUUACUACAGUGGUUUACAUAGGAAUUGCAGUGUCCGUAGGUUCUUGCGUGGUUCGGGAUGCCACUGGGAAUGUGAAUGACACCAUUACAACAGAGUUCACAAACUGCACAUCUGCAGCCUGCAAACUGAACUUUGACUUUUCCUACUGUGAAAGCAAUCCCUGUUCUUAUGGGCUAAUGAACAACUUUCAGGUGAUGAGCAUGGUGUCGGGGUUCGCACCCUUAAUCUCGGCAGGUAUCUUUUCAGCCACACUUUCGUCAGCGCUAGCCUCUCUCGUGAGUGCCCCCAAAAUAUUUCAGGCUCUAUGUAAGGACAAUAUCUACCCAGCUUUCCAGAUGUUUGCCAAAGGUUAUGGGAAAAAUAAUGAACCUCUCCGUGGUUACAUCUUAACAUUCUUAAUUGCACUUGGAUUCAUCUUAAUUGCUGAAUUGAAUGUUAUUGCUCCAAUUAUCUCCAAUUUCUUCCUUGCAUCGUAUGCAUUAAUCAAUUUUUCAGUAUUCCAUGCAUCACUUGCAAAAUCUCCAGGAUGGCGUCCUGCGUUCAAAUACUACAACAUGUGGAUAUCCCUCAUUGGAGCAAUUCUGUGUUGCAUAGUGAUGUUUGUCAUUAACUGGUGGGCUGCCUUGCUCACGUACGUGAUAGUUCUUGGACUGUACAUUUAUGUUACCUACAAAAAACCAGAUGUGAACUGGGGAUCGUCUACACAAGCCCUGACUUACCUGAGUGCACUACAGCACUCAAUUCGUCUUUCUGGGGUAGAAGACCAUGUGAAAAACUUCAGGCCACAGUGUCUUGUUAUGACAGGUUCUCCAAACUCACGCCCUGCUUUACUUCAUCUUGUUCAUGACUUCACGAAAAAUGUUGGUUUGAUGAUCUGUGGCCAUGUGCAUAUGGGCCCUCGAAGACAAGCUAUGAAAGAGAUGUCCAUUGAUCAAGCCAAAUACCAGCGAUGGCUCAUUAAGAACAAAAUGAAGGCUUUCUAUGCCCCGGUUCAUGCCGAUGACUUGAGGGAAGGGGCACAGUACUUGAUGCAGGCUGCUGGUCUUGGUCGAAUGAAACCGAACACGCUUGUCCUUGGAUUUAAGAAAGACUGGUUACAAGCAGAUAUGAGGGAUGUGGAUAUGUAUAUAAACUUAUUUCAUGAUGCUUUCGACAUCCAGUAUGGAGUUGUGGUUAUCCGCCUAAAGGAAGGAUUGGACAUAUCACACCUCCAAGGACAAGAAGAAUUACUGUCUUCACAAGAAAAAUCACCUGGUACCAAGGAUGUGGUAGUAAACGUGGACUACAGUAAAAAGUCAGAUCAAGACACUUGCAAAUCAUCUGGUGAAAAGUCUAUUACACAUAAAGAUGAGGAAGAGGAUGGCAAGACUCCAACUCAGCCACUGUUGAAAAAAGAAUCCAAAGGCCCUGUUGCACCUUUAAAUGUAGCCGACCAAAAGCUUCUCGAAGCUAGUACACAGUUUCAGAAAAAACAAGGAAAGAAUACUAUUGAUGUCUGGUGGCUUUUUGAUGAUGGAGGUUUGACCUUGUUGAUACCCUACCUUCUGACUACCAAGAAAAAGUGGAAAGAUUGUAAGAUCCGAGUAUUCAUUGGUGGAAAAAUAAACAGAAUAGACCAUGACCGGAGAGCGAUGGCUACUUUACUUAGUAAAUUCCGAAUAGAUUUCUCUGAUAUCAUGGUCCUAGGAGAUAUCAACACCAAACCAAAAAAAGAAAAUAUUGUCGCUUUUGAUGACAUGAUUGAGCCAUACAGACUUCAUGAGGAUGAUAAAGAACAGGACAUUGCAGAUAAAAUGAAGGAAGAUGAGCCUUGGCGAAUAACAGAUAAUGAGCUUGAGCUUUAUAAGACUAAGACAUACCGGCAGAUCAGGCUAAACGAGUUAUUAAAGGAGCACUCAAGCACAUCUAAUAUUAUUGUCAUGAGUCUCCCAGUCGCACGGAAAGGUGCUGUGUCCAGUGCUCUGUAUAUGGCUUGGUUAGACGCUCUAUCUAAGGACCUGCCACCAAUCCUCCUAGUUCGUGGGAAUCAUCAGAGCGUCCUUACCUUCUAUUCUUAAUUAUUCUGCACCAUGGACUGCCCUCCAGGAAUGGUACUUCAGUGCCUAGUGAAAGCGACUGAAAUCGUCAGUAACACCAGAUAUCACGGUGGUGAACUGGGACUUUGUUUCAGUACUUCAUUUAUUUGAAAGCACAUGAAAAAGUUGCUCCAUUGAUAGAUAGAUGGAGACUUCAGUUUUGGUCAACUCCAUAUCAGUGACUGGUAAUUCUUUCUUGUUGGACUGGAGUUCAUGAGAGUAAAGUUGUCCUUUGCUACUUGGAAGCAAUAAGAGUGCGUUAUUUUUUGAUUGAUGAGAGGAGUACAAAAGCCUUUAGCCUUGAGGUGCCUUCUGAAAUUAACCAAAUUUCAUCCAUACAGCUAUCGUCUUUUGUAAAUUUAUAGAAUGGUAAACUUUGCCUUCAGAUGUUUUCAUUUCUAAUCUGUCACCUUCAGUGGACACUCCUUUUCAUCUUCCAUUGACCAGUCAGUCUGGAGUACUGUGUGUUUUGUAUUACUUUUGUAAAAGUAUCUGUUAGAUACUCAAGAUGAUUAGGACAAACUAAUAAAAUAUAUGGGGGAAAAUACCAAAAAAUGGAGCCCAAGGUUAGGUUUAUGUGAGUAUAUGUACAUGUAGAGCAAGGAAAUAGAGGCCCAAACACCAUUUUUAACUCUCAAUUGAAAUUAUGUAUUAUUUCUUAUAAAUCUUAGAAAAGGGUGAAGAUCUACCCAGCACUACUUAUAUGAUGCUGAAAAAUCACAUGUCCUUUUCAAGCAAAACCCGAGAUCAUUUGUAUUAUUUCUAAAAGAUCUGUUCUAAUUUAGAAUUCCUCUCAAAUGUGAGGGACUUUUAAGACAUGGUAACAGGUGGUUUUGGAGGAAAUUUAGACAAAGAAAUGCCAUUUAAUAGAACAUUUCAAUAAACACUAUGGGACUUUCACUAUCCUACGCCAUCCUUUAUUUAAAAAAAAAAAAUCAUUAAAAUUUUAUCAAUGGUUAAAUGGACCACUGUUUUCUUAGUGGAAAUGGUUUUAGGCUUAAUUUAUUCAAGUAUCAAGUACAUUUAGUCUUAAUACACUCAGGUUUGAACAGAUUAUUCUGAACAUUAAAAUUUAAUCCAUUCUUAAUACUUUAAAACUUUUGUGUUAAAGAAAACUGCCAGUUUGUGCGUUUGACCUUGUCGUCUACUCGUGCACUUGACAGUGCAGAUGUGCUGUCCUGAAAGCUUUAUAUACAGUUUCUAAUGUGAAGUUUCUCAUUUUUCAAGGAAGGACUUCCUAAACACAUUUCAAGGGAUUCGUGUCUACAUGUCUGUAUGUGUGUAUGUUAUGCAUACACAGGUGCAUAUGUGUAUAUGUAAAGAAAUUUCGGUUGCUGGUGUUUCAGAUUUUAAAGUGGUCACAGUUGAGUAGAUUACAUUUUUUUGUUUUGUUUUGUUUCAAUAAAUAUUCAAGUCAGAUCAAGAGGUUACAGGUGUCAUGGAGGACAAAGACAAUUUGAAGAUUAUAGUGAAACUUGGUCCAGUUAUCCAGUUAGGUACAGUGCUGUUGAGCAGUUGAUUAGUGAGUUUCAGUGGUGGAAAACAGACACAGACUUCCAUCAUCUUAGGGAAAUGUUAGAUAAGCAUUUUCAGUGAUGCAAUAUUUCUGCAUGAAUAUGACCUAAAUUAAUACCAGCUGGAUAUCUGGUUGUUUCCAUUCAGAAUAUUAAGAAAAUGAAAAAUGAUUUUUCUAAGUUUUUCCUACAUUAAAAUUCAAUAUUGUUCCAUUUACUUUAAAUUCUACAGAGUUUGAAGGCAAUAUAGAAAUGCCAUAUUCCAUAAACCAUAUCAUGCUUGAGUUUUCUGAAUGGAUAAUAGGGCAUGGGCUGAAUGCUGCUAUCUUGACAUGUGCACAGGUACACUUGCCUUUUAUUUCUAGAGGUUUUUUUUCCCCAUUCAGGAAAACUUCAUUGUGACCUGUACUACAGAAACUAAAUGUCAUACACCAUACAUUUGUGUAUAAAGUACAUACAGUGGAUCUCAAUACACAUACUAGGGAGGGUAAUAUUGUUUGUGAAAUAAUGUAAGAAGCUUUCCACUUUUAAAAACAUUACGUUCACUUAACACUAGAUACCAGGUCAGACAUUUUCAAGGUUGCAAUAGUACUCUAAACUGAAAAAUUUCAACAAUUCUUAGAGAUGCUAGCUAGUAUUAAAGCUAUUUUUAUUUUACGCUGAAUUUUGAUUAUUUUGAUGCCAAAUUAUUUUUAGUCCUAAUCAUUGAUAAUAACUUGAAAAUAAUUAUGCAGUGGCAUUUGAAUUCAUUGUUAUGAUAGGUAAAAAAUUCAGUGGGUUCAGAGAGAAUGUUGGUGUUGAUUAUUAACAGUUACUAAAUCAAAUAUUUAUUUGUUGCAAUGUUUCCUUUGUGCUUUAGGUUUUCCUUUACACUCUUUUCAUAUUGCUUUCUGACAUACGUGUUUUUUUAAGACUAUGAAAAUAAUUGAAAGAGUUGAGCUCUGGUGGGUGAUUAUCUGCUCAGUUUGAAAAUGUAAUAUUUUGAUAAUACUGUACUGUACCUGUCACAAAUGCUUUUGUGAUGUUUUAACCCUGAGUAUUGCAGUUGCUGCAAUAAAGGAAGUGGAGUCAUUCAAACUUUA